CCACGUGUGCUGACCCCAGGUUCUCGUCCCGACCCCCAUCCCCUUAAUUGGGAGGCCCCGCCCCGUGCGCAGUGACGUCGGACGCCGCUGUCAGCCGGCGCUGGGGGGGGUCGGUGUGGGGUAGAAUGGCCGCUGCCGCCGUCACCCGCGGGACCCCGGGAGCACAGACUCCCCCUCCCCCCGGCCCCUCAGGCCGGGGGUGACCUUGCCCCCUGGAGCCCUCACCAUGAAUACCAAGGACACCACCGAGGUUGCUGAGAACAGCCACCACCUGAAGAUCUUUCUACCCAAGAAGCUGCUGGAGUGUCUUCCUCGCUGUGCGCUGCUGCCUCCAGAGCGGCUCCGGUGGAAUACAAAUGAGGAGAUUGCAUCCUACUUGAUCACCUUCGAGAAGCAUGAUGAGUGGCUAUCCUGUGCACCCAAGACAAGGCCUCAGAAUGGCUCUAUUAUCCUCUACAACCGCAAGAAGGUGAAAUACCGGAAGGAUGGUUACCUCUGGAAGAAGCGGAAGGACGGGAAGACCACCCGAGAGGACCACAUGAAGCUGAAGGUCCAGGGCAUGGAGCCUGUCUCCUGGCAGUGUCUCUAUGGCUGCUACGUUCACUCUUCCAUCGUCCCCACAUUCCAUCGGCGCUGCUACUGGCUGCUCCAGAACCCUGACAUCGUCCUUGUGCACUACCUGAACGUCCCAGCCCUGGAGGAUUGUGGAAAGGGCUGCAGCCCCAUCUUUUGUUCCAUCAGCAGCGACCGUCGAGAGUGGCUCAAGUGGUCCCGGGAGGAGCUGUUGGGACAACUGAAGCCCAUGUUUUAUGGCAUCAAGUGGAGCUGUGGGAACGGGACAGAGGAGUUCUCUGUAGAGCAGCUGGUGCAGCAGAUCCUGGACACCCACCCGACCAAGCCUGCACCCCGAACUCACGCCUGUCUCUGCAGUGGAGGCCUUGGUUCUGGGAGCCUUACCCACAAAUGCAGCAGCACGAAACACCGCAUCAUCUCUCCCAAAGUGGAGCCCCGAGCUUUAACCCUGACCUCUGUCCCCCAUCCCCAUCCCCCUGAACCCCCUCCACUGAUAGCCCCACUUCCCCCAGAGCUCCCCAAGGCACAUACCUCCCCAUCUUCUUCUUCCUCUUCCUCCUCUUCUUCCGGCUUUGCGGAACCCCUAGAGAUCAGACCUAGCCCUCCCACCUCCCGAGGGGGUUCUUCGACAGGAGGCACCGCUAUCCUCCUCCUGACGGGACUGGAGCAGCGAACUGGGGGCUUGACGCCCACCAGGCACUUGGCUUCCCAGGCCGAUCCUAGGCCUUCCAUGAGCUUGGCUGUAGUCGUAGGCUCUGAGCCCUCUGCCCCGCCAGCUCCUCCCAGCCCUGCCUUUGACCCGGAUCGUUUUCUCAACAGCCCACAGAGGGGCCAGACGUAUGGAGGAGGGCAGGGGGUAAGCCCAGACUUCCCUGAGACAGAGGCUGCCCAUACCCCUUGUCCUGCCCUAGAGCCCGCUGCUGCCCUGGAGCCCCAGGCAGCUGCUCGGGGUCCCGCUCCACAGCCCAGAGCAGGCGGGAGAAGAGGAAACUGCUUCUUCGUUCAAGAUGAUGACAGUGGGGAGGAGCGCAAGGCCCAGGGGGCUGCCCCACCUGUACCUUCACCCCCUCCUUCACCCACACCCUCACCUGCCCCCUUGGAGCCAUCAGGCAGAGUAGGAAGAGGAGAGGCCUUGUUUGGAGGAGCUGGUGGGGCCAGUGAACUGGAGCCCUUCAGUCUUUCAUCAUUCCCUGAGCUCAUGGGAGAACUCAUCAGUGACGAAGCUCCGAGUGGCCCUGCCCCAGCCCCCCAGCUCUCUCCUGCUCUUAGCACCAUCACAGACUUCUCCCCAGAGUGGUCCUACCCUGAGGGUGGGGUCAAGGUGCUCAUCACAGGACCUUGGACAGAGGCCGCCGAGCAUUACUCCUGCGUCUUCGAUCACAUCGCAGUGCCAGCCUCACUUGUCCAGCCUGGUGUCUUACGCUGCUACUGUCCCGCCCAUGAGGUUGGGCUGGUGUCUUUGCAGGUGGCAGGGCGGGAGGGACCCCUCUCUGCUUCUGUGCUCUUUGAGUAUCGAGCCCGCCGAUUCCUGUCACUGCCUAGUACUCAGCUUGACUGGUUGUCACUGGACGACAACCAGUUCCGGAUGUCCAUCCUGGAGCGACUGGAGCAGAUGGAGAAGCGGAUGGCAGAGAUUGCGGCAGCUGGCCAGGCCCCCUACCGGGGUCCUGACGCCCCUCCGAUUCAGGAUGAAGGCCAGGGACCCGGGUUCGAGGCACGGGUGGUAGUCCUGGUAGAGAGCAUGAUCCCACGCUCCACCUGGAGGUGUCCUGAACGUCUAGCCCAUGGAAGCCCCUUCCGGGGCAUGAGCCUUCUGCAUCUGGCCGCUGCCCAGGGCUACGCCCGCCUCAUCGAGACCCUGAGCCAGUGGCGGAGUGUGGAGACCGGAAGCUUAGACUUAGAGCAAGAGGUUGACCCACUCAACGUGGACCAUUUCUCUUGCACUCCUCUGAUGUGGGCUUGUGCCCUGGGCCACCUGGAGGCUGCCGUGCUCCUUUUCCGUUGGAACAGACAGGCACUGAGCAUUCCCGACUCUCUGGGCCGCCUGCCCCUGUCCGUGGCUCAUUCCCGGGGUCACGUGCGCCUCGCCCGCUGCCUUGAGGAACUGCAGAGACAGGAAGCUUCAGCUGAGCCCCCGUUUGCCCUGUCGCCGCCCUCCUCCAGCCCAGACACUGGUCUGAGCAGCGUCUCCUCGCCUUCAGAGCUAUCGGAUGGCACUUUCUCCGUCACAUCAGCCUAUUCUAGUGCCCCGGAUGGGAGUCCUCCCCCUGCUCCUCUGCCAACCUCUGAGAUUACUACUAUGGAGAUGGUCCCAGGCCAGCUCUCCUCUGGUGCUCCAGAGGCCCCCCUACUCCUCAUGGACUAUGAAGCCACCAACCCCAAAGGGCCCCCACCCUCACCGCCUCCUCUCCCACCGGCCCCAGAUGGUAGGGCUGCUCCAGCGGAAACUGACAGCCCACCAGCUGUGGACGUGAUCCCGGUGGACAUGAUCUCACUGGCCAAGCAGAUCAUCGAAGCCACACCAGAGCGGAUUAAACGGGAGGACUUUCUCGGGCUGCCUGAGGCUGGAGCCCCAAUGCGGGAGCGGACAGGGGCCGUGGGGCUCAGCGAGACCAUGUCCUGGUUGGCCAGCUACCUGGAGAAUGUGGACCAUUUCCCCAGCUCAGCCCCUCCCAGCGAACUGCCCUUUGAGCGGGGUCGCCUGGCUAUCCCUCCGGCACCUUCCUGGGCAGAGUUUCUCUCUGCGUCCGCCAGUGGCAAGAUGGAGAGUGAUUUUGCCCUGCUGACCCUAUCGGAUCACGAGCAGCGGGAACUGUACGAGGCAGCCCGAGUCAUCCAGACAGCCUUCCGAAAGUACAAGGGCCGGCGGCUGAAGGAGCAGCAGGAGGUAGCAGCAGCUGUGAUCCAGCGCUGUUACCGGAAGUACAAGCAGCUGACCUGGAUUGCACUUAAGUUUGCACUCUAUAAGAAGAUGACCCAGGCGGCCAUCCUGAUCCAGAGCAAGUUCCGAAGCUACUAUGAACAGAAGCGGUUUCAGCAGAGCCGCAGGGCGGCAGUGCUCAUCCAGCAGCACUACCGUUCCUACCGCCGCCGGCCCGGGCCUCCCCACCGGCCCACGGGCACCCUGCCUGCCCGCAACAAAGGCUCCUUUCUCACCAAGAAGCAGGACCAGGCAGCCCGGAAGAUCAUGAGAUUCCUGCGGCGCUGCCGGCACAGGAUGAGGGAAUUGAAGCAGAACCAGGAGCUGGAAGGGCUUCCCCAGCCCGGACUGGCCACCUGACCUCUCCACUGCCUUUCUCAUCACCCUGGGGGCCGCUUCUUGCAGUCUUAACAGGGACAGGGCUCUCUGGGGGAGGGGGAGCCCCCUGUCGGCAGCUUUCCCGUCACUUCUCUUGGAGCCCGUCCUCGGUCUCCA